UCUAGGGGGGCUACCUGUGUAUUUAUUCUAUAUGCCACAGAAAGAAAUUAUAUUUCUCAGAUAAUAAGUGCUUGUUAAUAACAAUAGUUUGAGGAAUGCAUGCACAGUACUUAUGUUUCAUUUAAGGGUGACCACAAAGAAGGAAAAUAUUGCUUGGGCCCUUUUUUGUUUAUGAUAUAUAAAGAAGGCUUGGAAUUCUUUUUUAAAUUAAGGAUUUUUUCAUGCUUGUUAUUUUUACUUAAGAUAUAUCAGCAAUACCAAGAAUGCCUGAGUUUGGAUGCCCUGAGUUUGGAUAAGCUGGGGAAAUAGAUGGGAAUUGUUCUCAGGGGUUACAGAGGGGUAGGAAAAAAAUGGAGGGGGAAAAAAGAAAGUAAAAACUAAAGAGAAUAAAUUUACCCUAGAUAUCAUUGACAAAGAGAAAUAAAGGACAAAGGUGGAGGGAAUGGGGAAAAAAAGAAAACAAAAUGGAAACCAUUUAGUCCACCUUCUGCCAGGAUUGCAGGGUUAUUCCACUUAGAAAAUCUAUCCAGUCAAUCUCCAAAGCAACUAGGCAUCUACCACUUACCUAUAUUAACAAAAACUAAGAUUUUAAACAGUCUGAAUAGGUGUCUGGUUUCUACUUGCAGUCAAGUUUCACUUGCUUGGUGCACUUGAUGACAUAGUCCUCUGGUUUGUUGGUUGGUUUUCCUAAUAGUUUUAAAGAAAACUAUUAGGGUAGGGAAACCUAAAUGUCUAGUUAAAAAAAAAAAGGCAGAAAAAUAAUCUUUUUUAUGGAUGGGGGUGGAGAGGGGAAACAUUUGUAUAUAGCAUAAAGAAGCAAAAAAAGGGCACCGAUGCAAUUCCUUUUCCUUUUCAUAUUGUCUUUAGCUCUUCCAGACAAAAAUGAUUUAUAAACCAAAAUCCAUAGAAUCCUAAAAAAAAUUAAAACUUUUUUUUGUGAUUGAAAGUAGAGUGAGACUGUUUUUGUUUACUGAUCUGACUGAUAUUGACGAUAAAGAUGACCAAUAACUUAAUGGAAAAUUAAUGAGCUGGAGUUGGGACCCCAUGAUCACUACACUGCCUGGCUUAUACUUGAUGUCUGUUGGAGUAGUGAAACCUGCAGUUUGGCUCUUUGGAUGGUCUGGAAGUGUAGUGUGCUCUACAGGAAUGCUCCGAUUUAUUAACCUCCUUUUCAGUGUUGGGAACUUCUACUUACUGUAUUUGCUUUUGUGCAAGAUACAUCAUAAAAACAAGACUGUGUCUGGUUUCCAGAGAAUCUUAUCUACGUUAACCCUUGCAAUGUUUCCUACCCUCUAUUUUUUUACAUUCCUUUAUUAUACAGACACAGGAUCAGUGUUUUUUACUCUGUUUGCAUAUUUAAUGUGCCUUUAUGGUAACCAUAAAACUUCAGCCCUACUUGGGUUUUGUGGCUUUAUGUUUCGUCAAACAAAUAUUAUAUGGACUAUUUUCUGUGGGGGAAGUGUUGUUGCACAAAAGCUAAGUGAAGCUUGGAAGACAGAAUUACAGAAGAAAAAAGAAGAAAGGAUUUCAGCUAUGAAGGGAUCAUUUUCAGAAUUAAUCAAAGUAUUACAAUUUCUUACUGAGUACAUCAUGUCAUUUACAAACCUAGUAACUCUUAUUACUUUGACCUGGCCGUACAUCCUCUUAGUAAUUGUGUUCUUUUCUUUUGUGGUAAUCAAUGGUGGAAUAGUUGUUGGUGACAGGAGUAGUCAUGAAGCCUGUUUCCACAUCCCUCAACUGUUCUACUUUUUUUCCUUUACUCUCUUUUUUUCCUUUCCUCAUCUAAUGACACCUAAUAAAAUUGGAAAUUUCCUUCGAUCAGUACGGAAGCACUUGGUUCAAUAUAGCAUACUCAUUGCCAUCUCUAUAUUCCUGGUCUGGAAAUUUACAUAUGUUCAUAAAUACUUGAUUGGAGAUAACAGACAUUACACAUUUUAUGUAUGGAGAAAAGUCUUCCAAAGACAUGACCUUGUGAAAUACAUAUUUGUUCCAGCCUAUAUAUUUGCUGGCUGGAGUUUGGCCGACUCUCUGAAAUCAAAAUCUAUUUUCUGGAACUUAAUAUAUUUUGUAUGUGUGUUUGCUGUCACAGUUCCUCAAAAGCUACUGGAAUUUCGUUACUUCAUUUUGCCAUUUUUAAUAUAUAGGCUCAAUAUUCCAGUUCCACCUCUUUCCAGGCUUCUUCUUGAGCUGACUUUAUAUAUUGUUGUGAAUGCAAUAACCUUUCAUCUAUUUCUGAACAAAACAUUUCAGUGGCCAAAUAGUGAAGAAAUCCAGAGGUUUAUGUGGUGAUUUUGUAUUCCUAAGACGGCUCAAUUCCGUGCCUUUUCUGAAAUGAAUAAGUGACUACAGGCCCUAAAAUUAAGUGUAUUGCUAUGUGUAACUUUUCUGUGGAUGGUGUAGGGCAGGGAUUGGCAACCUUUGGCACGUGGCCUGUCAGGGAAAUCCGCUGGUGGACCGGGACGAUUUGUUUACUGGCAGCGUCCACAGGUUCGGCCGAUCGCAUCUCCCACUGGCCGAGGUUCACGGUUCCAGGCUAAUGGGGGCUGCGGGAAGUGGCGUGGGCCGAGGGAUGUGCUGGCUGCGUGCCAAAGAUUAUUGAUCCCUGGUGUAGGGACUGAAGUGAGUUGGAUGUUUAUAUUCUUGGAAAUUAAUAUGAGAUCUGAUUUACUCUUUCUACAUGAUAGGGUAUUACACCAAAUUUAUAAGGCUUUAGGGUGCUGGAUUUAAUAAAUAUGGCAUCAGGGAAAAUUCAGAAGUGUUUCCAAACAUUCUGCAGUUAAUGUGAAAUGAGGGAGAUGUUUACAGUCAUAAUUCAUAAUAAUAAUGUUGUUCUAUGGUAAAUACUUAUAAAACUGUGUUUCCUCUAGUGUGGGCUCUGAAAAUUUUUUUUAUCUGCUAUUAGACACCAAGGAAAAAAGUAACUGAUACUUGGAAAUGUUGGAGUAAAUGUUCAAUUCUUGGUUGGAGACCAGCAGAAAUAAAACUUAAAAAAAAAAAUUGUAAGUUAAUUGGUAAGCAUUCUGAUUUUAGGUCGUAGGUUUUUUCCAAAGUAUUUCAGCAGUUAAAUAUUUAUCUAACAGUUAUGACCGGGUUUCAUAAACAGUAAAAAUCUGCAGCGGAGGUCAUUUCCAUCCAUAUCUGUUAGAGACCAGGGGUUAAAUCCAGGGCAGCUAGGAUUUCACCCCAGAUUCUUCAGGGGUAAAAUUUUCAAAGUUCCUACUUUCUAAUGACUUUCAGUGAGAUUUAGGCUGCUAAGUGCCUAGGUCACUCUUGAAAAUGUGACCUAGGCUCCUAAGUCACUUAGGUAUUUUGAACAUUUUACCCCAGAUCAAUACACCUGUACCCCGAUAUAA